UUGCCUUUAAAGCGUUUUUAAAGUACUUUGGAGCACACAAAUUUUUAAUUUUUAUCAUUACACACUCUUCUUCUUCUUAAUUGGCGCGAUAACCGCUUACGCGACUUUGGCCGAGUUUAACAAAGCGCGCCAGUCGUUUCUUUCUCGUGCUAACCGGCGCCAAUUGGACACACCAAGUGAAGCCAAGUCCUUUUCCACCUGAUCUUUCCAACGCAGAGGAGUCCUUCCUCUUCCUCUACUACCACCAGCUGGUACCGCAUCGAAUACUUUUACUACUACUAGUAGAUCAUUACACACAGUGAGUUAAAAAUAUUAACUAAAAAUAUAUAUUUGAAAAUACAAAGACGUGAUAGUUCACAGUUGAAAAUGCAUCCCUUAUGAUGUAACUCCCUUGUAAUAGAAACAAAAUAAAAUUUUAACCUUCAGUUGCUAUGAAAUUUAAGUCGAUUGAGAAGUCAGUUUUCAUUUUUCUACUUCGAAACAAAUUUUUUAAUUUUUUAAAUACUACCAAAAAAAAAAACCAACACUUUAUUAGGCCGUAUUAAAAGUAAUGGGGGAUGUAUGAUGCCACUGAAGUUGAAGCCAAAUUUACGUUAAACCAAAUUCGUUUAUAUUGAAAAUCAACAACUUCCACUUUAUAUCGGCACUGUUUGUCGCCCACCAUUUUCGUCGUUAACGUCAAAACCAACAUAGAGAAAACGUUUUCAAAUUAUUCUUCAAGCUGAGUGGAUUGAAAAAUAAAAAAAUUAUGCCAACUGCUAAAAUGAAGACAACACCACCCGUUGCCACAACUGCCACCACAGAUGCUAAUGAGCGCAUACGCAAGCAACAACAGCAACAACAAAACCAGGAUGAUAAUAUCGCGAAUAACUUUGCCUCGCCAACUGCUGGCUCUACAAACAUACCCGGUGUAGUGACACAAUUAAAUAUUCCUGCCGGUGCAUCACCAUCCACCUCAACAUCAGCGGUAAUGGGCGCACCCGAAGCUGCGUCUGCCUUCCAUGGUGGCCGUCGAAAUCACACUAGAAAGUUGCGCUCGGCCAGUGGCGAUGCUUUGAGGUCAAUGGGCGGCAAGCGCCCAACGUCAAUGAAACGCAAACACCACGUUAACUUUGUCUCACCGAUUAGCAAGUCUAAAUUGCGUCUAACCACUGGGGAUGCCAAUAAACAAUUGAUCAAUAAAACCAAAUCACGGUUGAAUGCGUCAAAUGCAAAUGCUGCUGCGAGCCUACUGCCACCGAUGCGCAAAAGCAAAUCGAUACUGAAAGUUAAACAGACGGUUGUGGUCAAACGCAAACCAGGCACGGGUAAAAUCAGCAAAAGGCUGAAGAGAGUGCCACAGGGAGCGCAAGCCGAAUUGGAGGCUGCCGAAUUAUCCAAGCUGGCUAAGCAAUUCGCAAGAAAAUUGCCAGAUGAAGAGGAGACGACCAAUUAUUUGCCACCAAUUGCGCUCACUCCUGGACGAUCGAAUAGAAUUGUUGUUGCUGCACAUUCCACCUCAGUUGAUAAUAAAGAGCGCGGUGCUAGCAAACAACGCAGUGGUAGUCGGAUGCUCAAGCGGCAGCGACGACACAGUGUCGGUACAAAACAUUUGCCAUCCGGUGCAGGCGUUGUAGAAUCUGGAUCUGUAAAUGUGCCAGCAGUGAGACGCUUUAGUCCCGUGCAGGACAAGUUGUUUCCCAUCGACGAGAGGAAUGUCAAAGUUUAUGAUGGCACAUUGGGGGGCGAUUCGACAAAAUCUUUCGAUAUACCUACGACCAGCAACAAUUUUACAGUGGCAAUGGUUAAAGAAGAGCAUGCAAAAACAACACAGGAAAGCAAUGAGCAACAACAACUUCCGGAGGAAACAACAAAUAUAAGUAAUACAACGACAGUAGAAACCGUAACUGAUCUUAGUGGUGACAACAGCGGCAAUGGCAGCGGCGUGGGUGGUAAUCGCAGAACUGAAGAAAUGCAUAAUUCCAUUAUUACGCCUGUAGUAGUGCCAAUCGCUGAUCCUGCUGCUAGAUCAACUAGUAAUAAUAGUUCGCCUAAUAAAAGGAAAAUAAACGAAGAAAGCGCAGCCAAAACUAGCACCGAAGCUGCUACAGCUGCCGGUCCAUCAACAUCCUCCCAACCAGCUGAAGAUGAUAAAGACAAGGAGGAAGAUAAAGAUGCAAAAAAGAAAAAGAAUCGUUGCGCUGAAUGCCGCAAGAAAGUUGGUCUUACCGGCUUUCAGUGCCGAUGUGGUGGACUCUACUGCGCUGUACACAGAUACAGCGACAAACACGACUGCACAUUUAAUUAUCGGGAACAUGGGGCCCAAGAAAUUCGACGCAAUAAUCCUGUGGUAGUUGGCGAAAAAAUACAAAAAAUUUGAACUUUUGUGCCAUCAACUUUAUAAUAUAAAUAUAUAUAUAAAUAUAAAUAUUAAAUAUAUACAUAAAAAUUAAAUAUAAAUAAUAAUGAUAAUAUAAUUAAUAACUAUAUAUAUAUAUAAUAAUAAUAAUAAUUAAUAUAAAAUUACAAAUGAAUGGAAAUGAAAAUCAGAUGGCAGAAAACAAAAGUAUAACUCAGCUAAAAUUAAUAGAUUAAUACAAAAAUAGAGCAGAGCGCGCGCAUAUUUAAAUCGACACUCCGCAACUACACCGCAGGCACACACACACACAUAUGCAUACAAGCAAACAAGUACCACCAACACACAGGAGAAUGCUAAUAAUAUUGAGUCCCACCAUGACUUCAAGCGCAGUGCUACCCAACACCAAACGGAAUUAUUGCGACUGUAUGCUGUGACUGCGUACGGACAAACUUGCAUAAAGCAGCGCAAAAUCAGAAUGGUCCAAUUGAAAGAAUGCCUCAGAGAUUGGUGGGUAUGAGCGGGGUGCGGCAACUCUGCUCGAACUACGUGUCGGAGUGUUCAAUUAAGACUUGGCGUAUGGUGAAGAAAUUCAGAGGAGCUGUUGCUGUUAACAUGAAACGCUACUCUCCACUAAAUACAGAUAAUAAUGACUAUGUCAACGAAGCGCUUAAAACCGUUGGAGCGCUCACACACACACGUAUUGCAGACAAAGAUUAUAGCAAGCGAAAAAUGUACGUUGACGCACUUCCGUUCACACACACACACACACACAGCCGGCAGCUGUGGUCUCUGUAGAUUGAACAAAAUUUGAAGCUUUACCACUUCCAGCUGGCGGCAACUGCGUUACCACUGCAUACUAUGUACAGCCCACCACAAUAUGCACACACUCACACACACACGAAUACACGUGUUCAACUAUAACGUUUGAGGAAGCUUCUACCCAUGGGCCGCAGUUAGAGUUUAAGAAAUUUCAACAUUCAUCCAAAAACAAAAAAAAACAAAAAACAGAAUUCGCAAAUAGAAAUUUAUUAGAAAACACAUUUGGCAAUCCAAACAAUAAGAAAACUAUGGAAAUUUAUCAAUACUAUUUUCAAUUACAGCAAAACAAGAAAUUAUAAACGAAGAAAAAAAAAAUAUUAAUUAUUAUUAAUUCUAUUACUAUUAUAUUAUAUUAUUAUUAUUACGACACGGGCGAGACAGAAGAAAAUGAGCUAAAAAACGGUAACAAGUAAAAAAAAGUUAAAAAUAAAAAAAAUGAAAAAAUUUAAAAAUUGUAAAAAAAAAAUAAUUUUACCUAGUUUACUAUUAAUAAUUGCGUGCAGGAGUAAACAACAUAUUUUAAUUAAAACAAAAAAAAACUUAGUGUAUAGUGCAGUAAAUGAAGCGGUAAACGAAGGGAAAAUAAGCAAGAAUGCUGAAAAAAGAAAUCGAAGCAUUACAAAUAAUCGUAAAAAUUAAUGAGAGUAAAUGCAAAUGGAUUAAUUUAAUUUAAUAAAAUAUACAUAUUACCUAUAUACAUAAAUGAUAAUACAUUGAUGAGUGGGCGAAAGCGAUAAAAGUUAUAUUUUAACUGAUCUAGUAAUAUAAGAUUAUCUAUCUAUCUCACCACGGUUCGUUCUUUGGAAAAAACAAACAAACAAAAACAAAAAAAAAACGCUAUAUUAAAACGCAUUCUUCCUUUGUUGAUUUUUUCGAUAUAAUUUAACUUCUUUUUUUUUACUUUAAGCGUUAUUUAGUUUCUUCCUUCACACUAUGAUAAUAAUAUUAAAACAUAAAUUACUUUUCGUCUUUGUUUUAUGCUGUAAAUUAAUUGAAAAACAAAAAAAACCAAGCAGGAAAUCGUAAAACUGCAAUUUUAUUGUUGGAGUAGAAUUUGAUUUUACGUUUUUAGUUAAUUUGAAUAACAAUAAUUAAUUAUUAAUAAAAAAUAUACAUUAAAAAAAAAGAAAACAAAAGUAUAUUUAUCAAAUUUAAAGGUGUGCAGCAGCGUUAGGCAAAUCAAAGCUUAGCAAACAACAAAAAAGAAGAAAAAAAAACCAAUUAAUUAAAAAGAAAUAAUCAAAAAUCUAAUCAAGGUGCGCGCUGAUGGGGGAGCAGCAGCAUACAUUUCGCAAAGUGCAGAUAAUCAUUUUAGGCUUAGAGUUUUGUUUGAGAACAGAGCGCCGUUUAUGCUAAGGAAAAAAGGUAAAUCUAUAGAGAGAGAGAGAACAGAGGGUAGGCGGCCGCAACAAAAAGCGCCAAUUUGCAACAAGCGGCAACACCCGCAAUAGUCUCCUCCUCCAUUUGCAGCAACAUGGCAUUACGCUCCUCCCUCCCCCACCCUUGUUGGUUAGUUCGUUUUCAAAUAUUCUUUCUUCGAUUAAUUUUAGUUAAUGUAAAAUAUUUAGUGAAUUGCAGUUGACGACUUCUGUUGUUGUAUGUAUGUAGUUUUAUAAGUUGAAUAGAUGUGGUGAAGUAAAUAUUUAAAUAAAACCAAUUUAAAGCACACACUGCUCACUUGUUUUUGUUGCUUUUUUCAUAGUUGACUUUUUUUGGUUAACGCGAAAAAAGUAAUAAAAACAGUGUGAAGCAGUGUUGCCUAAAUAAAAUUAAAAAAAAAACAAAAACAAAAAAACUUGGUACAUUGGAUAUGUGA